CCAAUGAUACAACUCUCAGAAACUGAAGAAUAUAAAAUUGAGAAACCAAACGAACAACAAAGUGAUGAGCUGAAAGUCGAAAAAAUGGAAAAACACGAAAAGAAAGAGGAAACUACUUUUAACACUGAAGAACUAUUAACACAAGAAGAUGUGGCGGUGACAACAGCAGGCGAAAAACAACAAUAUUCGCUCAUUGAUGUUUAUGAGAGAAAAGAAGAACCUUAUAAACACAAAAGUAGACUCUACAUGGUGUUGUGGGGAAUCAUAUUUUAUUGCUGUCAACAGACAGAAGUCUUCGUCCAAAUUUUGUUUGUCAUUAACCACAUGUUCAAUGAGAACAUUUUGAGUAUGGUAUAUCCACUCGUCGGAUUUGGUAUUAUCAUGUUGUGCAAACGCCCACAUCCUACUAAAGUGUUUUGGAACCUUGUAUCCCUAUUCUGUAUAACUCUCAUCUUUGUGAGAGUGUUUUUCAGUCUUCCUGGCUUUUGUAUUGAUACUAAAACUUUUGCAUCAGACUCAAAAGACUCUUCCACGUUCAAUGUAUUGAGAUAUCAAAUGAACACAACGUCUGUGUACUGUUCUGCAGGGGCUGAAAACAGUUACAACCACAUGUCUCCUAUUUACAUUAUUGGAGUAUAUCCGGUAAGCUCGUAUAUGGCAUCGUCAUUUGUGUGGGACAUUAUUUGUUUAUUUGCCAUUCUUCUACAUGUGAGUAUGAUGCGAUCCAAUGGGUAUUGGACACAACAAUAUCUACUCCGCCGCCAGUGGUCCAAUUUGAUCAUCGAAAAUUACAGGAGAAGUCUUGUCAAUAAAUUAAAGCCGAACUCAUUUGGAGAAAUAUUGUUUGUUGUUGAGACUAUGACGGAGAGAAAUGAACAGGACUUGGACUAUUUACCUUAUAAAAAACACGACUUGUUUAUUGUUGAGAACAUGCAAGUUGAUGGUUCACUUUAUGUGAAAAAAGGCGCCAAAAAAGGGUUGAUUCGUUGUGAAGAUGUUCAGAUAUAUACUCCAGAUAAGAAGAAGGAAGAAAAGAUAAAAACCAGGAAUGUGAAGCCACAGCAUAAAGACACGUAUGACGAAACAUAUUCAGUGGAAGAAGAGAUCACAGAAAAGGAUGAGUUUGACAUUAUGGCUGAUGCCAAUGCGAUGUUAUUUGUCGAAGCCGAGUUACAAAUAAAUAAAAAAAUUAAUAUGAAACAGAUCGACAGUUACUUGAUGAAACAAGAACGUUUCCUUCGCGAGGUCGACGAGAUCGAAUCACACAAAAGUAAAACAAAGAAGUGGCUCAAAAAUGUUGGGGUUGUAUUUAAAGGCUUCUUCGACUCUGUGGUGAACGAUAAAUUUAAGAGGGGGGAUGAUUAUUAUAUCCCAAUGUUACUUUCAGAGGUGUUGUGUUUCCUCUUUUUGGUCAUUUUCCAAGGAACGUUUACAAAUAUCGAUGGCAGUUUUGUUGAAUUCUUCACUGGCGAUUAUCUCCCGAUCAGUUAUGUGUUGGGGUUGUUCUUGCAAUUCUUAAUGAUCAUUACCGAUCGUAUUAUUUAUCUGUGUAAGUCGAUCACCGUCAAACUUGUCAUGCAAUACUUCUCAUUGUUGUUGUACCACAUAUUGAUAUUUAUUGUCUAUCCAUCACUCGUCGAUAAGAUGACUGGAAUUGCGACAGUGUCGUUAGUCAUAUUCUACAUCUUCAAGGUGAUUUAUUGGGUGUUUUCUGGUCUUCAAAUAAAAAGUGGGUAUUUGGUGUUGUCUUCAAAACGGAUUUUGAUGAAGAACUACUCCUACGUCUCUUCUCUGAUAUUUUCGACAUACUACACGUUACCUUUCGUCUAUGAAAUCCGAACAAUCCUCGACUGGACAUUUGCGAAGACUUCGAUGUUCUACAAGAUGUGGCUCAAGGUAGAGGACAUUCACGCAGAGUUAUACAUGAAUCAGUGCGACAGAGAAAUUGAGAGAGGGAAGAAUCAUGUAUAUGGGGAGUCACGUGGUGUCAUGGAAAAGUUGACAGGAGGGUGUAUAAUGGUUGUCAUCAUAUUUGCGAUUUUGUGGUUCCCUCUUUUGUUGAUGUCCAGCGCCGCGCCCAAUUUCAUACAACCGGCCCCGAGCAACUUAGAUUUGUCUAUGUCAUUUAUAGGAAGUAGCAAAUUCUUUGACCAAGAAAACACGGAGUUUCCCGAACUUACAGGACCUGAGUGGAAAAAAAUACAAGAGAAUGGAGCACACGUGGUCAAACAAGAUGCCUCUCAAUGGAUAUUUAAAACGGUUCUUUCACUUGAGUCGAUGUCUUUCUGGUCACUAACACCGUCGAAACAAGAAGCCUUAAAUGCAAGUUUUUGUGACAACAAAAGUGUGAGUAUAAAAACAGUACUAACAAUGAGUCGUGCGGAGAGUGCGGCGUUGAACACAUUUUCCCUCAUCGAGACGUACACGUUGAAUGACGAAGAAAUGAAAGUCAUGUGUGAUGUGUCGCAAUACAAAGAACCUCCAUCAACCUUUUAUCUUGAGUUCUUCCCACAAUUUGUGAGAAUGCCAACAUUGUCGGAGAGUACUUUACUUCGAUACGACCAAUCGAAUAUCUCAUUAACACCACAUUUAAUAAAAGAUAAGAACACUGGUCUGUCAUAUUGGAAAUUUGUGGCGCCGGAGAAUAGCGAAACUGCAGAGAUGUACAUUGCAUCACCUAACGUUCCAAAUCAAGGCGUAAUCUCGUCAUUAAGUUCUAUGGGGAUUAUCGGGCUUUAUACCGUCGUCGUCUUGACUUUGUAUAACCUUAUUAAGUCGGACUACGCAAACCAAGCUCACCAAAUCAUGUUCAAAAACCUCCCACAAUGUCAUGGACUUCUACAACUGUCAGACGAUAUCAUUAUCGCAAGACAGGAUG